UAUCCUGAUACCUAAAGAAGAAAGAAAUGGCUUGUGCUGAGUAUUCUUUUCAUGUGCCAAGUCUUGAGGAGCUUGUUGGAGUUCUGCAGAAGGGGCUAAAGGAUAACUUUGCUGAUGUCCAGGUCUCUGUGGUUGAUUGCCCUGAUUUGACUAAGGAGCCAUUCACCUUUCCUGUGAAAGGCAUCUGUGGGAAAACUAGAAUUGCAGAAGUAGGAGGUGUGCCUUACUUAUUGCCUUUUGUAAAAAAAGAAAAAGUUUAUGAUAUAAAUAAGAUUGCAAAAGAAAUCAAGCUUCCUGGAGCUUUUAUUCUUGGAGCAGGAGCAGGCCCAUUUCAAACUCUUGGGUUCAAUUGUGAGUUUAUGCCAGUUAUACAAACAGAAAGUGAACACAAACCUCCAGUGAAUGGAAGUUACUUUGCCCGUGUUAACCCUGCAGAUGGAGGGUGCCUACUAGAGAAAUACAGUGAGAAACAUCAUGAUUUUGGGUGUGCAUUACUGGCUAAUCUUUUUGCCAGUGAGGGUCAACCUGGAAAGGUCAUUGAGGUGAAAGCCAAAAGAAGAACUGGAAAACUUAACUUUGUGACUUGUAUGAGACAGACUCUUGAAAAACAUUACAGAGAUAAACCUGUAGGGAUGGGAGGUACUUUCAUAAUUCAGAAGGGAAAAGCGAAGACUCACAUAAUGCCCACAGAAUUUUCUUCCUGCCCACUGAACUCUGAUGAAGAGGUGAAUAAAUGGUUGCGCUUUUAUGAGAUGAAAGCUCCUUUGGUUUGUCUGCCAGUUUUUGUCUCCAGAGACCCAGGGUUUGAUUUGAGAUUGGAGCACACUCAUUGUUUUAGUCAUCAUGGAGAAGGUGGACACUACCAUUAUGAUACUACCCCAGACACAGUGGAAUAUCUUGGAUACUUCUUACCUGCGGAGUUUCUGUAUCGCAUCGAUCAACCAAAAGAGACCCAUUCAUUUGGGCGAGAUUAAAUCAAGUGAAACAGAAAUAAUUAACUAAAGCUAAUUAAUUAACUCAUUAAUUGAUACUACUAUAAAAUCCAAUGGAAAUUAUGUCACUACUUAAAUCCCAUUUUUUGGCCUUUAACUGAAAGGUAUGUUGACAUUUAAACUCUAUUAUUUCAUGGAACUAUCUUAGAGAUUUUUGGAAACAAAUAUACGUAAUGAAAAUGUUCUUCAUUAUUUUUUUAUUCUUUAAUAACAACAGAAUCAUGUGAUUUAUUCCUGCUGUCUACUGGCAAUAACUUACAUUUGUAUAACAUUAUUAAAUUUUUCAAAUUAGUCUCACAACUCCUAAGUGGAUGUUUCUGGGUAUUAGAAAAAUAAGUGUUGCAAAUGUUGAUAGUUGUUGAAUCUUAGUAUUAAAUUUAAAAAAUCCGUUUCAGAAAUCAGAGUAUACUUUUUUUCAUGGAAUAAGGUGGGCAGAGGAAGCAACUUUACCCCUUUUGGUGGGGUUGAACCAUACUCAGAAGUUUGCAGUUUGCCUUUCACAAACACUGGCAACUAGGUAGUAGGCCAUGAUGCCGCUGCCUUUGUUUAGCUUGCCAGUUGGAAGCAGUUUGUACCUUAUGGGUUAUUUGCCAGAAGGAAAGGGAAAAGAAACAGCAUCAAAAUACAGCACUGAAGUGAGUAUACUUUAAUUUACAAGUGAAGCUAUUGCUAAACAUGACCACUGUCCUUUGUAAAAUAAAAAAUUAUACUAUUUUACUGAUUGUAAUUAUUGAAAUUUUCCUCGAUAUUCUUCUAUAAUAAUCAUUAGUCAGAAAUCAGCUGUCUAAUCUUAAUCUUGCUAAUGCUAACCAUGUGUAAAUUUAGGAGCUCUUUAAUACCAAACACAUACUAAAUCUUCAAAAAAUAUUUUUUGAUUGUCUUCUUUGGAUGUUACCUAUAACAUGUCCUGUGAGUAUAAACUCCUAAAUGUUAUUUUUAAAUAAGCACCAG